GUGUGCACGUGCGUGUGAAUAAUGGCAUCCUGCAAAAAAAUCCCCUCACGGUCUCACUUGUUUACGCUGGCUGCAUAUAAUGAUCAAACUUGUGACUCCACUUUAAUAAUAUUGACACAUUUGAUACUUUUGUAGUAGUUGAAGUGAAUCGGAACUCCGCCUGGAUUUCAGUGUUUUUAAUGAGACUCCAGAGAGUUCAGUUGUUAUGCCACAGAUUGCUAACUUCCAUGACUCAGCUCAUCUUUGGUAUCUCAAUGAUAAGUCAUCGAAAAUUCAUAUUUAUGCGACAUGGUCCAAGGUCCGAAAACGACACAGGAAGCCCAACUUACUGUUUGAAAGCAUUUCAAAAUGUCUACCUGGCAACAAUGUUAGAAAAGCCAAACCCCGAGGCCACGUGGAGAAAUGCAUGAGCUCCAUGCAGAUGGGGACCCAGAUGGUGAAGCUCCGCGGUGGCUCCAAGGGACUGGUGCGGUUCUUCUAUCUGGACGAACACAAGUCUUGCAUCCGCUGGAGGCCCUCGCGCAAGAAUGAAAAGGCCAAGAUCUCCAUAGACUCCAUCCGAGAGGUGUGUGAGGGUAAGCAGUCUGAGAUCUUCCAGCGCUACGCCGAGGGCAGCUUCGACCCUAACUGCUGCUUCAGCCUGUACUAUGGAGAGCACAUGGAGUCCCUGGACCUGGUGUCCGGCACUGGCGAGGAGGCCCGAACCUGGAUUACUGGCCUCAAAUACCUGAUGGCUGGCAUCAGUGAUGAGGACAGCCUGGCCAAGAGACAACGCACCCGAGACCAAUGGCUGAAGCAAACUUUUACUGAGGCUGAUAAGAACGGUGACGGCAGCUUAAGCAUCAGUGAGGUCCUACAGCUCCUGCACAAACUCAACGUCAACCUGCCCCGACAGAAGGUCAAACAGAUGUUCAAGGAGGCGGACACAGAUGACAACCAGGGAACGCUGGGCUUUGAAGAGUUCUGCUCUUUCUACAAGAUGAUGUCGACCCGCAGGGACCUGUACCUUCUCAUGCUCACCUACAGCAACCACAAAGACCACCUCGACACAACCGACCUGGCCCGCUUCCUGGAGACUGAGCAGAAGAUGACCAAAGUCACCAAAGACCAUUGCCUGGAGAUUAUCAACAAAUUUGAGCCGUGCUCUGAGAACCAGAAGCAAGGGGUUUUGGGUAUUGACGGUUUUACGAAUUACAUGCGCAGUCCAGCAGGGGACAUCUUCAAUCCAGAGCACUAUAACGUGAUCCAGGACAUGAGCCAGCCACUGUGCAACUACUUCAUCGCUUCCUCACACAACACUUACCUGAUGGGUGACCAGCUGAUGUCACAGUCCAGGGUGGACAUGUACGCCUGGGUGCUACAGGCCGGCUGUCGCUGUGUAGAAGUGGACUGCUGGGACGGUCAAGACGGUGAGCCCAUCGUCCACCACGGCUACACCCUCACCUCCAAGAUCCUCUUCAAAGACGUCAUUGAGACCAUCAACAAGUACGCCUUUGUCAAGAACGACUACCCAGUCAUCCUGUCCAUAGAAAACCACUGCAGUGUUCCUCAGCAAAAGAAGAUGGCCCAGUAUCUGAUUGAGAUCCUGGGGGACAAACUGGACGUGUCCAACAUCAAAGCUGGCGAUUCUGGGCAGCUGCCCUCACCAGAAAUACUCAAAGGCAAGAUCCUUGUCAAGGGGAAGAAACUGCCUCCCAACAUCGACGAGAACGCAGAGGAGGGAGACGUGUCAGAUGAGGACAGCGCUGAUGAGAUGGAGGAUGACUGCAAGCUGAUAAAUGGAGAUACAUCAGCCAACAGGAAGCAGGUGGAGAACAUGGCUAAGAAAAAGCUGGACAACCUGAUGAAAGAGUCCAAGAUCCGAGACAGAGAAGACCCAGACAGCUUCACCAUCGCAGCCCUCCCUCCUGCCGGGAAGCCCUCAGACAAAACUGGCUCCAAGGGUAAAGGGGACGAUGGAACGGACACAGCGGAUGAGGCUAACCCCAGCAGCAACAAGCGCACAGGCCGCUCCUUCAUGGGGAGCUUCUCUAAACGCAAGAAAAAGACGACCAAGCUGAAGAAAACAUCAAGCUUUGAAGACACAGAUACAGACCAAGAGAGCACCAGCAGCACCUCCCGAGCCCCAUUACACCACAGCAAAAAGAAGAAGACCAUGAAGCUGUCCAGGGCUCUGUCUGACCUGGUCAAAUACACUCGGUCUGUGGGCCUCUAUGAUAUUGAUGCACAAGCCAGCUGCAGCUGGCAGGUAUCAUCGCUGAGUGAAACCAAAGCCCACCAGGUGAUGCAGCAGAAAGCCACUGCCUUCAUCCACUUUAACCAGCGACAGCUGUCACGCAUCUAUCCCUCCUCUUACCGUGUGGACUCCUCCAACUUUAACCCUCAGCCCUUCUGGAACGCUGGCUGCCAGCUUGUUGCAUUGAACUACCAGUCAGAGGGUCGGGUCCUCCAGCUCAACAGAGCUAAGUUCUACAGCAAUGGCAACUGUGGCUACAUCAUCAAACCUGCAUGCAUGUGUGAAGGUGCCUUUAACCCCAACCUGGAGGACCCGCUGCCGGGUCAGAUGAAGAAACAGCUGGUGUUGAAGAUCAUCAGUGGACAGCAGCUGCCCAAACCCAAAGACUCUAUGCUUGGAGACAGAGGAGAGAUCAUUGAUCCCUUCGUGGAAGUGGAGAUCAUCGGCCUUCCGGUGGACUGCUGCAAGGAGCAGACCAGAGUGGUGGAUGAUAACGGGUUCAACCCAAUGUGGGAGGAGACUCUGGUGUUCACGGUCCACAUGCCAGAGCUGGCCCUGGUGCGUUUCCUUGUGUGGGACCAUGACCCCAUCGGCCAGGACUUCAUUGGCCAGCGCACUAUCGCCUUCAACAGCAUGAUGCCAGGUUAUCGCCACGUAUACUUGGAGGGUAUGGAAGAGGCUUCCAUCUUUGUUCAUGUAGCUGUGAAUGACAUUACUGGUAAGGCCAGAGCAGCCAGCGGCAUAAAAGGGCUGUUUCACAGAAACCCAAAGCAGGCUUCCCUGGACAGCCAUGCUGCUGCACAGCACGGCCGUAAGCACCCAUUUGGUGCCCACCUCUUGCGCCGCACUGCCAGCGCACCCACCAAAGGCCAGCCCAAAAUCAAGAAGGGCUUCGCAGAGAUCGGCAUCGACACCAAAGACUACAGCUCAGAGGGUGCUAGUGAGGAGCGAGAGUCUGAGGACAAGGCUUCUGCUGCCACCUCUCACCAGCCCACACCACCACAACACCACAACGGGGAUUCACUGGCAUCACACCAACCCAAGGGCCCCUGGGACCAUCCUGACACCAAUGGGGCUUUUCACCCAGAGGAGGGUAAAGGUAAGAGCCCACUUUUUGCUCAUCGGUAUCCCAUGAGCGAGCCUCUGAAACGUGCCAGCCGUCUCCGCUUUCAUGAACCCGUGGACAUGAAGCCAGGGGUGUUUGCCCGUGUGGCGCUUAACAGCUCAGGCAGGGUGGGGAUGUCUUCCAACUGCAUCACAUGUGUGAUCGGCUCCAAGGAGAGUCCAGAGGCUGACAGAAAGAGUCAGGUUGAGGAAAGGCAGGGAUGCAAGUCCAAUAUAGCAGAAGGGGAGAGACAGGAAAAAAGUAACCGCUCCUCCUCAACCAAAAGACAAGUUCAACCAGAGCCCCCAGCCAAGCCCCAGCCUCUAGCUGCCCAGCCAGACUCACAACAGUCUCCUCCCCACCCCAAGUCCUGCAUGGAGUCCCAGUUUCAGUACUCGCCCCAGGCUCUCUUCCAAUCUGUCCCCUUCCCCAGAUCCAAAGGCAGGCAAACACUGGGUGCCCAGCAAAUCCGAACACAACCUGAUGCAUCACAGAGGAAUGCCCGGUCCUGCAGCGUUCCCCGUAGACGCUUCCCCAAUACUGUAACACCAGUGCCGAGCCUCACACAAGACUGCAGGACCAAUGUCCAUUGGCAGCAGGCAACACCCCCUAACUAUGGCACUGUUUGCGGCUCAACACUGGCCCCAUUUACAAACAGUAAUGCAAAUGAAGGUCUCUCACUCAGUGACAGCAGCAGCUGUGACAGCUUUGGCAGUCUGAGCAGCUUGGAGUCACCUCCUAUGCUGCCUCCACGUUCUGUCCUCGACAGCCGCAAGAGGGCUGUAGGCACCCUGCAGCGUGAGAUGAACGCCCUUUUCGCCCAGAAAAUGGAGGAGUUGCGCCAUAAGUCCCCCUUGUUCUUUGCUGAUUGUUCCACAGUGCAGAGACCAGCUCUCCCUCUUCCAUUUCUUGCAAUAAACUCUGGAGAUGCCAGGAACACACGCUUCAUCCGCUCUCUCUCCACUCCAGAAGACAGCCUGUCUUCACCUCACUCCUCACCACCACUGCACUCACCAUCCACAGCAAUAAAUGCAGACUCCCCCUUGACCAUUCCUUCAAAUGGGAUGGUAGAUAGCUCUAUCAAAGUGAGCGGACACCCUAACAAGCUCCCUACAUUUUCCACAACCAGCUCACUCCCUUUGGCGACCCCUACUGAGCAAACGGUCCCAUUACAGUGCAGCCAAGACACCCAAACCAAUAGAAGCACUCAUUCAUCCAUGGAGCCCAUGCCAAACCAGAGGGGAACCCUAGAAACUCUUACAGAAAGGAAAAAUGAUACAGCAGAGUUGAAGUCUGACCACAGAGGGGAGUCUCCUGCUGUAGCUGUGUCCACUGGAACCCCUGCAGUUCCUGCAGCUCAGACAUCCCACGCCAGGAGAGUGCUUUUCAGCAAUCUUUCAUCACACGCACCAGUGAGAAGAACAAAAAGUGAGGGCCACGUUCGGGUGGCUGUAGCCUCAGCUGGGCAGGCCCAGUCAGCAGUACCAGAGGUCUGUACAGAUGCCACCAUGAAUGACCGCCUUUGGAGCAAGCUGGAGCCAGGCAGCCACCGGGACAGCAUGUCCUCUUCCUCUAGCAUUUCUUCUAGUGACACCGUCAUUGACCUGUCCCUGCCUAACCUGGCCAGGAAGAGCCUCACCAGCCUGCCCACAGCCAGCAGCACCUGUGACCCUCACUGGGUCAACUGCCAUCACUCAGCUCUAGUCUCUUACGAUGCCCUGCGAGUAAGCAAGAGCAAGUCAAACCCCAAUCUUCAGCAAAGUGAGUGUCCCAAUGAUGAGCUUAAUCCCCGCCCUCUGCAACCCCCCCAGGACUCAGUGGACUCUCCCAGCAGACUGACUCAAAGGAGGCACACCUGGAGCCGGCUCUACAUGGAAGGGCUCAAGCAGUCAUCAGCCAGAAGGCCCUCCUCUGCAUCUACCAUCCCAACUGCUACAACAGCUACAGCCUCCAUGUCCAAAAGCCUUGGGGAUCUGACCUCUGAGGAUAUUUCCUGUAACUUUGAUAGCAAGUACCGCAGCAUCAGCCGCAGCUUCAUUGUUAGGCCAACCAGGGACCAGCUGCGCAGGGGCAGCCCACAGAAGUCCCGGCCACUCAGCGAUCUGACAGAGCAACUACGGAAGCUGACUGAUGUGGAGCCCUUGACCGCUAGUGACUUCGCCCCUGAAAACAAGCCUCAAGAGUCUCAAGAGGAAUUCAUGGAUGAGACCCUGGUGCGGAGGACGUCCUCGAGGAGCCAAAGCAGGGUGCGGUACAUUGCAAACAGGGCCAAGAAGGCCCAAGAAAGACAAAGGCUCCAGGGCCUGGUCCAGGGCAGAAGUGCAAGCUUUAGCCUUACUAGUAGCUUUGGCAGUGGAAGUAAUGCUAGCCCCAUUGAGGAGCGGGGGAACCCCGAAGGGGCGUGUUGCGUGGCCCGGAGUCCCUGCACCAGCCUGGACCUGCUGAGUCAGCUCACCCCUCUAGGAUCCCCCUCUCCUAGACAGUCCCAGUUAUCCCCAGAGCCUGAUAACAGUGAAGUCUUUUUUAUGCUCAAACUCUAAGAACUGGCUGACUUGGAACCGAGUAUGAGAGACACAGCUUGAAACUUGUUUGGAAUACAGUCCAGUUUUUCUCAAGUAGAAAUCUUUUUUUAGAAAAAGUCACAUAUCUUGCAGAAUAUCUCACAGAAAAACGGUUCACAAUGUACAUUAUUUCAACAGUCUCGCAGAAAACUCUGUUCCUCUGAAAUAGUAACCUAUGAACAAUCACUUCUGCAUCUUGAGGUUGUGCAAGAUUCAUUUUUUUUAGCACUCGCAUUCAGAAAACAUUGUCAAGAAGCUAUGGGAGAGCUAAAAGCAGCAACUACAGCUCUGUCAUCUGUUUGCACCAAAUGUUAGAUAAAUGCCAGAAUGUAUUUAGUGAAAAAUACCAGGAGUUUUUAUAUGACUCUUUAUGUUGAUUGUGAUCUGCUCAUGUUUGAGUAUUUUUUGGAACUACAUGAGUAUACAGUAGCAAUAGAUCACAACCAGAGGACAGGAUUUUAAAUGAUCCAUUCUUUUCAUUUACUUGAACUGUAAUGGUAUAUUUUAAGUAAGUUGAAAAUUAGAUAGUCUACGUAAUGUCAAGGCGUUAUUAUCAUCAGUAGCCCAUACAUCCACUAGCAAUAUUUUGAAAAUGAUGGCAUGGUAUCACAUUAAACAUAAUGUACAGUUUGAUGCUAAAAGCUAUGGCUUGUCUCAUGUCUUUACUGAAAAAAAUAGAAAAAAAUUAUUCCUACAAUGCAGGAUGCAAUGCAGGAGGAAAGGUCUUCAUUUUUAGUAUUCUUUGUGUAGUGCUUACAUUGUAUAUUGACCAAGCUGCCAAUAUUUUGCUAAUAUCCUGAUCUGUGGCAUGUCACAGCACUGAGAUCCUGUACUUGAAAACAUUGGUAGACUACUCCACACCGAGUUUAGAACAUUUUAUUUGACUGCAUGUGUUUUAUGCACUGUAAUAUUUAUCCCAAUGCUGUGCUUUAUUUUACAAAGAUUUUUUAUAUGAAGAUUUGUUAAUAUCCCAAACUUCUUUUUUGGAUUGUUUGAUGGUGCUCACAAGAGCAUCAUAUCUGAAUCCUUGUGUUCCCAUUGGUCCGUGGUACUAAAACAAGAUGGAAAUGAUCUGUAUCAAAGCACGUUUAUUUGUCGACCUGCUGUUUGCACUGCCAUGCCAGUUGUUUGUGCAAAAUUUUAGGGACAAUAUUUAAGUCAAACAAUGUAUAAUUAUGACCUGAAUAAAUCUCAAAUGAAUAUUAA